AUGGAGGGAGAGCUCACAUCACAAGUUCUGGAAUCGAUUCGGCGUCAUCUGCUGGAAGAUGAUUCGGAGAAUCCCACAUCAUCGUCAGGCAAUCUGCAAGAGGAAGCCGGGGUUAUGGAAACACCGUGGCCGAGGAGAGGGGGAAGCUACAGGGGAGUGAGGAGAAGAACAUGGGGGAAAUACGCGGCGGAGGUAAGAGACCCGAAGAAGAAAGGGGCAAGGAUCUGGCUGGGGACAUACGAGACGGCGGAGGACGCGGCGGUGGCUUACGACAGAGCGGCAUUCGAGAUGAGGGGGUCGAAAGCGAAGCUCAACUUCCCACACCUCAUCGGUACGGGGGGAGUGGAACCGGCGAGGGUGAAGAACAGGCGGCGGCGAGUAAACGAUGAAGCAACACAACAUUAA